CUCGAAAGAGACCGAGACUCCCGCGUGUCCCUCAAGCCUCAAGGGUUCCAAUUCAAUACCAAUUUCAACUGGCCGACAGUUUGCCAACUCAGAGACCAUUCGACGAUCCCAUUGUUGGGCAGACAAGACGGCUCGUCACUACCCAAGUUUCAACCUCGAGCUGCAUAAACGCGCAUUGAGCUGGCCCUGAUCAGGGCUCUCACGUGAGAUGUGCGCUAAACUGUUUCGAGUACUGGCAGGCUUCUUGAAGGUUCCAGAAAAGGGUAGCAAAUCAGUGUAGCCAGUCAGCGCUGUGGAUAGGCAGUGAAUGAUGGAGAACUUUUUUGGUGUUGAUGAGACUCAAAGCGACAGUGAACGACGGAUUGAAAAAGUACCAAAUCAAACAACACCAGCAUCGUAUACGUCGAGAUCAUCAUCUCAGCUUAGCAACACUGUCACUCAUUAUUGCCAGCGAACUCAAUACCGUUAAAGAAAAAAUAUCCAAUUCACAUCAACACCAUACUCAUCACAUCCUAGAUCAUGGACAAGAACCUCAACGACCUCCUCAAAUGGAGCAUUGAGAACGGCUCAGCAAGCCAAAACGGCGAGGCAGCCCCUACAGCAGCCCCCGCUAGCAACCUCAACCCCGAAGCCAUCGCCGCCCUCUUCGGCAGCGGCCCUAGCGACGCCGAGCUAAUGAAGCUCUCCAUGGAGGCCAUCACUUCGGCGGACCCGGAGAUAACGCUCGAGAACAAGCUCAUUGCCUUUGACAACUUUGAGCAGCUCAUCGAAAACCUCGACAACGCUAACAACAUCGCCAAGUUGUCCCUCUGGACCCCGCUGCUCGGCUGUCUUGACCACGAGGAGGACGAGAUACGCCGCAUGGCCGCCUGGUGCGUCGGCACCGCCGUGCAGAACAAUCAGCCCAGCCAGGAGCGCCUGUUGGCCGUCGGCGGCAUCCUGCCGCUACUGACGCUGGCGAUCAAGGACGGUGAGAAGGAGGCCGUGCGAAGGAAGGCCAUCUACGCCCUCAGCUCCGCUGUGCGGAACUACCAGCCCGCCAUGAACGUCCUCACGGACGAGCUAGAGAAGAAGGGCAUUCGCUCCGGCAAGGUCGAUGCCGAGAACAUGGAUAACGUUGACGAGGUCAUGAACGAACUCAAGGCAAAGAUCACGGCGGCAUGAA